UAAAAGUUGAGGCGAAACUUUGAGGAAUUCGGAUUCCCGGAUCCACACAGGGACAAUGCGCUGGGAUUUAAUGUUUUGGAAUUAGAUGCCGUUGCGUUGCGAGUCAUGGCCGACCCGGCGCGUGUCAAAACCGAACCAAGAAUUGACGUCACGUCUGCAGAGAAUGUUCACCUGGAUAAAAAUGCAGGUGAGGGUUCUGGCGGAGGAAACGCAGCGUCAGGGAAGACAACGGAUCAGCCCAGUGUGAAACAGGAGGAUAAAGUGGGCGUGGCGAAGGAAGUGGUGAGAGGAGAUGAGGAUGACGAAGGACACUCGAGCACUCAUCCUCCGCCUGCGAAAAAACUGAAAGUGGAACCGGAGAAGAAGAAGGAGAAGAGACAUAAAGUGGACGAAGACGAGAUCCAGAAGAUGCAAGUGUUGGUGUCUUCGUUCUCAGAGGAGCAGCUGAACCGGUAUGAGAUGUACAGACGCUCGGCUUUCCCUAAAGCAGCCAUUAAAAGGCUUAUUCAGUCCAUCACGGGAUCAUCAGUGUCUCAGAACGUCGUCAUCGCCAUGUCCGGCAUCUCCAAAGUGUUCGCCGGGGAGAUUGUUGAAGAAGCUCUGGAUGUGUGUGAGAAGUGGGGAGACACUCCUCCUCUACAGCCCAAACACAUGAGGGAGGCGGUGAGGAGGCUGAAGAGCCGCGACCAGAUACCCAACACCAAACACAAACGCAUCCUUUUCCACUAAAUGCACAGCAACAGUGAUGUUCCUGUCUUAAAUUUAAAGGAGCUAUUUGUAAUACUGAGAGCCCUCUUCUGGCCCUGAGCUGAAAACACUUCCAGACUUCUUGAUGAGCUCUGAUGCUUUUUAUUUAAAAAAGAAAAAAAAAGUUGAGCAGCUUUUUCACCUGGGAGUGGCCUUAUUUCAGGGCCAGAAAAAAAAUGUACACAGAAGCCUGAAAUGAAGAAACUAGCCUGAUCAUCUCCAUGGAAAUAUUGCAAAUCACUGCUUUUUAAAGACAUCUUUAAAAGUUAGAUGAUGAUGAUGAUGAUGAUUACAGGCUUGAAAUGUUACAAACUGCUCCUUUAACGUUUUAGCUGCCGAUGCUGUGGAGUUAACAGGAAGUGUUGAGUGGAGGGUGGAGGGAAUGGCUUAUGUGCCCAAAACUGAGAGCACGCCCUCUCAUUCCUGUUUGUGCUGUAAAUAGAAGUUGAAGCAUCUGUUCCAGCACCGUCUCCAUCGUGCUCUUGUCCGAUUCCCUUUACUUGACCUUGUUCUUAUCACACUUCAUGCUAACUAGCUAGCGUGCUAAUUGGGCUGUAGCUAGCAGAGUGUCGGCUCUGAUCGGACUUCACUUCAGCUGGAAAUGAAUGGAACAGUUUUUAAAAUAACUAACGGGACUCAAUCAGCAGAACUGGACAGAGUGAAACAGUGUUGAUGGAAAGACUUAAAGCUGCUGGGACUGAAAAAAAAAUUACUCCGUGUGUGUGUGAGAGAUUUUAAAUUGGGUCCAGUUGAGUUUUGCUCUUCACUGUAAAUACUGCUUCAGCCUGAAUCCUUUGGUUCAAUGCUAAUUAUUUUAGUUUAAAUAAAGUGUGUGUGUAAAGUG